CUUCUUUCCCUUGUCUCAAACCAUGAAUGCCGUUGGAGUGGCGGCGGUAGCUGAAAGCUACCAGACAUUCAACCCCAGGGCUUACUUACAGAACAACUAUAUGCCACCCCGUGCAAACUUCACAAGCGAAGAAUAUGCUGUGCCUUGGAAACUCCGCCGACUGGCAGAUGCCUUUGCCACAGGGAAAAUCUAUGGCAAGACUCUUAUUGAUAUUGGCACAGGGCCCACAAUCUACCAACUUCUCAGUGCCUGUGACUACUUUGAGGAGAUUGUGGCUACUGACUACUUGGAAGUAAACCGGGCUGAGAUUCGCAGCUGGAUUCACAGUGAUGACCCAGGAGCAUUUGACUGGUCUCCUUAUAUCCAGCACGCCUGUAAGAUUGAAGGCAAGGGGGAACCCUGGAAAGAGAAGGAGCAAAAGCUGAAGAAGAAGCUCAAGAAGGUCUUUCCCAUCGAUGUCCACCAAGCCAAACCACUAGGGUUUGUGCUCAGCCAACCAGCCGAUGCCUUAGUCUCUGCCUUCUGUAUCGAGGCUGUGAGUCCAGAUCGAGAGAGUUUUGACCGAGCUCUUCAGAACGUCACCACUCUUCUCAAACCUGGAGGCCAUUUCCUUAUGAUCGGAGCUUUGGAAGAGUCCUUCUACUUGGCUGGAGAAGCCAAACUGUCAGUUGUCCCCAUGAAGGAAGAAGAUGUCAAGGAAUCCUUUAUGAAAGCUGGCUAUCGCAUCCACGAAUUUCACUCCUACACUAUGCCACCAAGUCUGAAGAUUGGUGUGGAUGAUGUACAAGGGAUCUUUUUCAUCAACGGGCAGAAGUCAGCUUGAGUCUCCAUUGCUGAAUGUCUCAAUCCUGCCCAACCACAAUUAAAGAAAUAUCCUAUUGCAUUGUAUAGCCAGCUUGUUCACUGUUACCAUUACCUCCUGUAUUAAU